AUGGUAAAGUUUUAUGAAAAUACAUUGGCCAAUAUACUUCUUAUUCUGCGUCAGACGUUACGUGAUCACAUCUACGUAUUUAGUACUCUGUUUGAAUUUGUACGCGUACAGUUUGUGAACAUGAACCUAAGCGAUAUAGGAAAUGUGAGCGAUACGAACGGGACCAUUACAAACCUGGAGUUCAAUCUAGAUUCCAUGAUUACUAAUUCAGCACUGUUUCUCCUGGCUAUAGUACCUAUUUAUAUAGGUUCUUUCCGUUCAAUAACUAGUAAGAAGUCAACUGAUGAGAUAGAAGUUGUAUCAGGUAAAGAUGCAGCACUGUUUCCAUUUCUCGCCAGUGCUGCACUUUUCGGGAUUUACGUCGUCUUUAAGUUCAUUCCUAUUCAGUACAUCAACUCCGUUAUGAAGUUAUAUUUCUCUGUUAUGGGUGCUUGUGCAAUAUCCCGGUUCCUGUCACCCAUCUUUCGCCCGUAUAUGCCGGGUUGUGUAAAAAAUAUGCGGUUCAAGUUUGAGUUUUCAAGAAGUUUAGAAAACUCAGAUGGUUCCGAAUCUCAAUGGAACUUAUUGGACAACUAUGAUUUUUCAGUUGAGUCGAAGGAUUUCAUAGGCACUGGCAUCGGUAUUUUGCUUGGCACUUGGUACUACUUUUCAGGACAUUGGAUUGCGAACAAUUUUAUUGCAGUGACAGUUGCUAUUUUGGCCAUCGAAUUCAUAAGGUUAAAUAAGUUCGUAAAUGGCAUAUUACUUCUUUGCGGGCUGUUCGUAUAUGAUAUAUUUUGGGUGUUUGGAACUGGUGUCAUGAUGGCUGUCGCAAAAAACCUAGAUAUUCCAAUCAAAGUUACUUUUCCGCGUGAUUUUCUUUCACAUGGAUUAUUCGGCAAACAGUUAGCCUUGCUUGGUCUUGGUGAUAUAGUUGUUCCAGGAAUAUUUAUCGCCAUGCUUCUUAGGUUCGAUACAAAACUUGGACGCAAUAAUAGUCAUGCUUACUUCUACUCCGGAUACGCAGCCUAUAUCGUUGCUAUCAUAAUGACUUUCGUAAUGAUGCACGUAUUCAAGCACGCUCAGCCGGCUUUACUUUACCUGGUACCUGCUUGUUUGGGUGCACCAUUGCUUAUGGCUUUAGUGAAAAAUGAUCUUAGUGCAAUGUUCAACUAUGAAGAUGAACCGGAAGCUGAGAAGAAAAUUCAGGAGGCUGAUGUGUCAAACAAAUCUAAGAAAAGUAAAUAA